AUUGGAAACCCUGCAAGGUUUCCUCCUGUUUUCAGAUAUGCCUUCUGCUCUGCAAAUAUAAACCCAGUCAAAUAUGUGACCACUGAGGCCAGCGGUCCUCCAAAGAGACCUAUGAAUGGAUACACAAGAUAUAUCCAUCAACAGCAUCCGCUCAUAGCGAGCCAAUAUCCAGAGAUGAAAGUAGCGGAAAUCAUCAGGAAACUUGCCCAGCAGUGGAGAAUGAUGAGCCCAGAGCAGAAAGAGCCUUUUCGAAAGGCGUGUCUCCUGGGCAUGGAGCAGUACAAAUUGGACGUCCAGAAGUUCAAGGCCCAGCUGAGCCCAGCACAGCUGCAGGAGCUGGCCACCAAGAAAAAGAUGAGGCUGAAGAAAAGGAAAGCCAUCCAAAGGAAGCUAGCAAAACUGAUGUCUCUGAUGGAAGAUUGGAAGAAUCUGUCAAGUCACGAUAAAAAGGUAUACACACAACUAGCUGAGGAUGACAAAAUCCGUUACAAGAAUGACAUGGAGUUGUGGGAGGAUUAUAUGGCGGAGAUUGGACGAGAAGAUCUGCUCCGGUUGUCAAAGUCAAAAAACUAACAAAGGCCAAGUCCAAAGCAGUGCAGAGGACCACAGCUGUGAAGACGUCAAAGCAACUGGAAAGGUAGCAGGAAAACGCUCAGCAAAAACUGUUUCCACCAAGAAGAUAUAAACACGUUCAUCAAUGAAUUGAGAUGGAUGUUUGUGACAUCUGAAGAGUUCGGAUGAUGCACAAUUAUGCUUUCUCUUUUGUAUCCCACUUUUUAUACAUAGUUCCUUGAUAGUCUCUAAUUUCUGCAGGACAAAACUCGCAGUGUAAAAACUGACUAGUAUUACAUUUGUCUGUUCAAGAACAAUUGCGACAAAUAAAGCUUGACUGAUAUAUUUUGACACAAUGUUGAGUUUAUCUCUGUGCAUUUUAUAAACAUCGCUUUUUUGUGUUUAAUCCAUGGCAUAACGCAGAAUCAGACUUUAGGGGUUAAAAACACAUGAAAUCAUCCAUCCAGCAAAUCCUAACUUUAGUUGUCUGCAAUGUUAAAGAAUCAUAAAACUGAACUAUUCUUUGUUUCAGUAAUAAUGUAAAGAUUGACUUGUUCUGUAUUUGUUCUUAAUUCAAGUAAAUUCUCCAAAACCUACA